AUGGAAGGAGCCACGCAAUGUUCUGAUGGUCCGAGUCAGUUUCGUCAGCUGCUGGUCAAACUGAUCGGAUUAUGCCUCAGCAACCAGGUUUUCUGGCUGCAUCGGAAAUAUUUCGUUCAAACUGGCACCGCACAAACUGGGCAGAAGUUGGUCAACUUGUUCUGUCGUCAACGAAAUGACGCCCCUCUCUGCCGGUGUCUGUCGCAUGACAACGUAACGCGGAACCACGAGACCUCGGGGCAAGGAGAGACGUCGAGCCCAGUUGGUGUUGGUACAAUUCUGCAGUCUCCACUCCACGACAGUCGCCUUCCGGAUUCUCGUCAAGUCAUUUCACAACCCCCCCACCUCUUCCGCGAAACGGUACAGUCACUAUUCAGACGACGUAGCAUUCGAGCAAUAGAAUCUCUUGACAACCGACAUUUUGGAUGGAAUGAUCUUGUUCGAAAGGCUCAUUUUCCACUUUUCACACAAAAACGUGGACUAUUUCGCCGUCGCCAUGGACACCGAUCGAGAGGACAAACGUGCAGGUCUGUUGUGGUGUCGUCGCCUCGACAGUUCCAGCCUCGUCGGGCCGUGAGAGGUGAUGAAGAGGAGACGGAAAGUGGCCACUUAACCUCGCCUCGUGAACACUUCCUCUUCUGCUUCGUCCAUCGGAGUUGUCCACUUUGUGGACGGCACGGAGUGGUUGGCCGUUUCUCUUUGUCCGGCCGCCCGAGGCAGCCAGCAACUGCGUCGAGCCUGACGCUGGCGUCUUGGUUGGCUCUUGCUGGCCGGACAGCCACGACAAGCACACAAAAACGACUUGCACUUCCGACGACGCACACACUUUACUUCACUUUUCAUUCGCCUCCGGCACAAAGAGAGAGAGAGAGAGUUUCAAAUGAAAGUGUCCAUAAAGUUGGUAGAUAUAAAAAGUUAAUCGAACGUAUGAAGACCAAAAUGGUGUGUGGCCUUUUGUGUGUUUGCAGUCUCCUGUCGUUGUAUGCAAGUUGUUUGACCUUGUUUUUGCAACAUGCUCUGCGCCUCGAAUUAGUCUCCAAGAGGCAGGGGGAGAGGCGCGAAUACCGCCUCGAGUGGUACAGAUGUGGUGGCAGGAGUCGAGUGAAAUAG